UGAAUUGCCCCCUUUCAUCAAUCAUGAGUGUGUUAAAUGUGUUGAUCAUGAAUAAAUCAAAUGUGAUCUACUGCACAAUAUAGCUAAUAUAUGACUUGUAUCCUUUUGUAGCACUCCCCCAAGGUGGCAGCAAUGGCGCCAGGAGCAGCAGCUGCUACUGUGAUCAUCAUGUACUUCUUCCACAAAGAGGAAUAAUGCUGACAUUGAUGACUGUGGGAUCCUUAUAAAGUGUUACUAAUACAAUGAACACCUCUGUUACACCAUCAGACCUGGUGGAUGUGCCAAGACAGCAGAACUUCAAUGGCACCCUGGGCACACACACACCAUCCAGUUGGGCUGUGAUCCACACUGCUACCUUGACCUUUUGCUCUCUCCUCCUCAUCUUCAUCUUCUGCAUGGGCUCUUACGGCAACCUUGUGGUGUUCCUGUCCUUUUUUGACCCAGUGUUUCGCAAGUUCCGCACCAACUUUGACUUCAUGAUCCUCAACUUGUCCUUCUGCGACUUGUUCAUUUGUUGCGUGACUGCUCCCAUGUUUGCACUGGUGCUCUUCCUGGACGCCGAUGGAGGGGAUGGCGUGUCAAAGAGCUUCUGCUUCGCCUUCCACUUGACCAGCUCGGGCUUCAUCAUCAUGUCCCUGGAGACGGUUGCUGUCAUUGCUUUGUAUAGGCUGCGCAUGGUUUUGGGGCAGCAGCCCAACCGUACCGCCUCCUUCCCUUGCACGCUGGCCCUCACUGCCCUGCUGUGGACGUCCAGCUUCACCAUGGCUGCCCUCCUUACCAUGCGAGCGUACCCACGUAGAGAUGGGCCCUGCUUGCCCCACUUUGGCCUCGGAGGUAGACAGGCCAGGGUAGUGUUGUAUGUCUACCUGGCGGACUUUGCCUUUUGUGUGGCUGUGGUGUCCGUGUCCUAUCUGAUGAUUGCUCAGACACUGAGGAAGAACGCACAAGUGAGGAAAUGUCCGGUCAUCACCGUAGAUGCCACUUGCCCUCCUCCCCCACCCCCUCUCAUUGCAGCCGGCUUUGAGAGCAUGCAGUGUGCUGUCCAAGACCCGUCCCUGUACUGUAACCAGACUUACAACAAACUGCAGAAAGUUCAGACACACUCUUAUGUCAACAAGAACAGCCAGGCUCUGGUUCCAGGGGCUGCCCAAGGGGCCACCUGCUGUCAGCUGGUGUCUACAGUCAACUUGGCUACAGCCAAAGACUCAAAGGCAGUUGUCACCUGUGUAGUCAUAGUGUUCUCUGUGCUGCUUUGCUGCUUGCCAAUGGGAGUUUCAUUGGCACAGGAUGUUUUGUCACCAGAGAGCAGCUUUGCACAUUACCAGUUUGAACUGUGCGGCUUUGUGCUCAUUUUUCUCAAGUCGGGCAUCAAUCCCUUUGUGUACUCGCGCAACAGUGCAGGCCUCCGCCGCCGCGUACUCUGGUGUUGUCAGUGGGCGGCACUGGGCUUUCUCUGUUGCAAGCAAAAGACUCGGUUGCAUGCGAUGGGGAAGGGCAGCCUGGAAGUCAAUCGCAAUAAAUCCUCCCAUCAUGAGACCAACUCAGCCUAUGUACUGUCACCCAAACCACAGAGGAGGCUGGUUGACCAGGCGUGCGGUCCCAGUCACUCCAGGGAUUGUGCUGGUAGUCCAAGGGCCACAGGUGCGCACAAGCCUCGCCCCCGGAGUACCUCUACACCUAUCAACACCCGCAUUGAGCCCUACUAUAGUAUAUACAACAGCAGUCCCUCUGCAGGACCCAGCUCCCCGACCAGCCUGCAGCCUGUCAGCUCUCAGACAUUUGCCUUUGCCAAGUCGUAUGUAGCCAUGCACUACCACACCCACCAAGACGCACUGCAAGACUUUGAAAGCACCUCAGUGCACCAGAUUCCCAUUCCCUCAGUCUGAUAGA